AUGCCGCCAGCCCCCAAGACAUCUCAGCAGCAGCAGCAGCAGCAGCAGCAGCAGCAGCAGCAGCAGCAGCAGCAGAAGGAGCGGCAGAAGGAGCAGCAGCAGCAGAAGCAGCAGCAGCAGCAGAAGGAGCGGCAGAAGGAGGAGGAGAAGCAGCAGCAGCAGAGGGGAGCAGCAGCAGCAGCAGAUGCAGAAGGAGCAACAGCUUUAGACAACUCCUAG